AGCUGCAGGAUCAUUUUUUAAACUUUUAUUUUUAAUAACCGGAUGUGCGCGCAGGCGUGCCUCUGAAUGCGCGUGCCCGUCAGUGUGAGACCAUCAGAUCUUCAUCUGUCUGCUCUCUGGGAGGGUCUCCAUCCGAUCAGAACCCUCCAGUCCGGACCCUGAAGCCGCAAGUCCGGUUGUCUGUCUGCGGGUGUGAGGGGCGCGGCUGCAGCGGGACGAUGCUCUCCUCCUGCCGGGAAUCAGCGCUCUCCUCCGGCGUUCUCCGGCCAGGAUUCUCCACUGUGGAGCCGGGGCUGCUCCCCUCCGCUGCCCGCUGAACUUGGACCAUCUGCGCGGAUUAAACGUUUGUUUGUGCCGCUCCUUGACGCUUCGGCUCGGUUCGGAACUGUCCGAUCUUUCCCCGGUGGAAACCAGCCGCCUCCGUUAUUCCGUGGAUAAUUUACCAUCCUGCAGGAAUUUUUCCUCCCAGCUGUGGUUCCUGUCGGAGCAGCAGUUUCUCCAGCUCCUGCGCUCUGAUGGAGGUAGUGUGAGGAGGGACCACUGCUGGGGGAGAGGAUGGGAGGAUUAUCCUGCAGUGGGAUUAUAUUUCCAGGAUCAGGAAUGGAGGCAGUUCCCGCUGGCUGAGCUUGGAUGGGAGGGUUUGGACACGGCAGGAAAUUUCCAGACGAGCUGGGAGACUGAUCCACAUCGGUUUCCAAAAUCCAUCCUGGAAAGAAGAAACGGUCCUCCUCAGGUGGAGACUGGGAUUAUUCUCAUUCAUUAACAUGAAGAAGUUCCUUUGAUGAGAUGAAGCAGGUGAUGAAAUCUUCCUGAGGUCAGGAGGAUCUGUCCGUAGAAGGAUCAUCAGUCAGGAUGAUGGCUGGUUGGGACCUGAUUCACCCGCAGAGAUGAAGGAGGCAAAGACUCAGUUCUCAGAACUUCAUCUGCAUUUUCCACAGGUUCAACCUUAGGCGUUCAGACCGGGCCUCUGUUCUGGCUCUGAAACGAUCCAGUUCAUCCCCCUUUCUUCUUCUCUGAACUUUCUAUGAACUUCUCUCUGAUUUAAAUAUCAUCCAGUAAAAACAUAAAGAAGAAUCAGAAGAAACAUGUUGCCUAAAACAGGAAUGACCUGAUCUUUUUGUGUUGACACAACCAGAACCAUCUAAACCAGAUCUGGAACCCAUAAAUACCAUAAUCUGGUCUGGAGGAUCUUAAAUCAUAUCCAGAACCAAACCACCAGGAGGGGGAGGAGGAGGACACUACGUCCUGUCAGAUGAGGGAGCAUGUCGGACCGGAGCGCCCCGGGCUGCCGCCUCAGACUGGACUGGGUCUAUGGGUACCGGGGCCACCAGUGCCGGAACAACCUGUUCUACACAGCCGGGAAGGAGGUGGUGUACUUCGUGGCUGGGGUGGGAGUGGUCUACAACACCAGGGAGCACAGUCAGAGGUUCUACCUGGAUCACAACGAUGACAUCAUCAGCCUGGCGUUGCACCCAGAACGCUCCCUGGUGGCGACGGGUCAAGUGGGGAAGGAUCCCUACGUGUGUGUUUGGGACUCCUUCUCAAUGCAGACUGUUUCACUUCUGAGGGACGGACACACACACGGCAUCGCCUGCCUGGCUUUCAGCGCCGACGGACAGAGGUUGGCUUCAGUCGGGUUGGAUGCCAAGAACACCGUUUGUAUCUGGGAAUGGAAGAAAGGGAAGAUCCUGGCGACAGCCACCGGACACUCGGACCGCAUCUUUGAUAUCAGCUGGGACCCGUUUCAGCAGAACCGUUUGGUGAGCUGUGGAGUAAAGCACAUCAAGUUCUGGUCCCUCUGUGGGAACGCUCUCACUCCGAAGAGAGGGAUCUUUGGGAAGACGGGCGACUUGCAGACCAUCCUGUGUGUGGCGUCAGCUAAAGAUGACAUCACGUACUCCGGAGCGCUCAACGGAGACAUUUAUGUCUGGAAAGGACUCAACCUGACCCGAACGGUUCAGUCCGCCCAUGGGGCUGGAAUCUUCAGCAUGUAUUCCUGUGAGGAAGGUUUUGCCACAGGAGGCAGAGACGGCUGCAUCCGGCUGUGGGACGUCGACUUCAAACCCGUCACCAAGAUCGACCUGCGGGAGGCGGAGCAGGGCUACAAAGGUCUGUCGAUCCGAAGCGUCUGCUGGCGAGCUGACCGGAUUCUGGCAGGAACUCAGGACAGUGAGAUCUUUGAGGUGAUGGUGCGAGAGCGCGACAAGCCGCUGCUUAUCAUGCAGGGACACAGCGAGGGCGAGCUCUGGGCUCUGGACGUUCAUCCCAAAAAGCCUCUAGCUGUAACAGGCAGCGACGACCGCUCCGUCAGGUUGUGGAGUCUGGUCGACCAUGCUCUCAUUGCCCGCUGCAACAUGGAGGAGGCGGUUCGCAGCGUGGCCUUCAGCCUGGACGGAUCCCAGCUGGCUCUGGGUAUGAAGGACGGAUCCUUCACCGUGCUGAGAGUCAGAGACAUGACAGAGGUUGUCCAUAUCAAGGACAGGAAGGAGGUGAUCCAUGAGAUGAAGUUCUCCCCAGAUGGAACAUAUCUUGCUGUCGGCUCCAAUGAUGGACUGGUGGACAUCUACGCUGUCGCUCAGAGAUACAAGAAGGUGGGAGAAUGCAGUAAAUCCACCAGUUUCAUCACACAUCUGGACUGGUCUUUGGAUGGGAAAGUCCUGCAGAGCAAUGAUGGAGCAGGAGAACGCCUCUUCUACCGGAUGCCCAUGGGGAAACCAAUCAUCAACAAAGAGGAGGUGAAAGGUCAGCGCUGGGCCUCCUGGAGCAGUGUUCUAGGCUCUGAGGUCAGCGGUAUCUGGCCAAAAUACUCCGACUCAACCACAGUCAACGCUGUGGACGCCAACCUCACCGCCGCUGUGCUUGUCACAGGAGGUGACCUUGGUCUGGUUAAACUCUACCGCUUUCCCUGCCUCAGGAAAGGAGCCAAAUUCAAGAAAUACAUUGGUCACUCGGCCCAUGUCACCAACGUCCGCUGGUCAAGUGACCUGCAGUGUGUCCUCACCACAGGCGGAGCCGACCAUGCCCUCUUUCAGUGGAGGUUUCUACCCGAGGAAGUGAUGAAUGGAGGUCUGGAUGUCAACAUACAAGAAAGUCACGGCGACUCCAACAGCGAAGAGUCAGACAGCGACGUUUCUGACGUCCCGGAGCUGGACUCAGACAUCGAACAGGAGACACAGAUAAACUACGACCGACAGGUGUAUAAGGAGGACCUCCAUCAGCUGCGGCAGCAGAGCAGAGAGAAGAAGCAGCAGGUCGGAUCCCUGAAGAGACAGAAAGGACCCAACCAGGGCCUCCGGCUGCAGUUUGUUCACGGGUACCGAGGCUACGACUGCAGGAACAACCUGUUCUACACGCAGAGCGGUGAGGUGGUGUACCAUGUAGCAGCUGUGGGUGUGGUUUACAACCGGCAGCUGCACAGCCAGCGUUUCUACCUGGGCCAUGACGACGACAUCCUGAGCCUCAGCAUCCACCCGCUGAAGGACUACGCCGCUACAGGACAGGUGGGCAGAGACCCAGCCGUCCACGUGUGGGACAUCCAGACUCUGAGGUGUCUCUCUCUGCUCAAGGGUCACCAUCAGAGAGGAGUCUGUGCACUCGACUUCUCAGCCGAUGGAAAGAGUCUGGUUUCAGUUGGAGUCGAUGACGGACAUUCGAUCGUCGUCUGGGACUGGAAGCGAGGAGAGAAACUGGCCACAGCUCGGGGCCAGAAGGAGAAGAUCUUUGUGGUGAAGUGUCACCCCAUGCUGAUGGACAAACUGGUAACUGUGGGAAUCAAACACAUCAGGUUCUGGAAACAUGCAGGUGGCGGUCUGACUUUCAGGCGUGGUGCGUUCAGGAGCGUCGGCCGUCCAGAGACCAUGAUGUCGGUAUGUUAUGGCCGCAGUGAGGCGCUGGUGUUCUCUGGAGCAGCAACCGGAGACGUUUACAUCUGGAAGGAGCCGGUGCUGCUGAAGACGGUGAAAGCUCAUGAUGGGCCGGUGUUCGCCAUGUUCUCCCUGGACAAGGGAUUUGUGACGGGUGGGAAAGACGGAGUAGUGGAGCUGUGGGACGACAUGUUUGACCGCUGCUUGAAGACGUACGCCAUCAAGAGGACAGCUCUGUCUCCAGGAUCUAAAGGCCUUCUGCUGGAGGACAACCCGUCCAUCAGAGCCAUCACUCUGGGUCAUGGUCACAUCUUGGUGGGAACCAAGAACGGAGAAGUUCUGGAGAUUGACAAGUCCGGACCCAUGACCCUACUGGUGCAGGGUCACAUGGAGGGAGAGGUUUGGGGUCUGGCUGCCCACCCCCUCCUUCCUGUCUGUGUCACCGUCAGCGACGAUAAAACCCUUCGACUGUGGGAGACGUCGGCCAAUCACCGCAUGGUGGCCGUCCGCAAGCUGAAGAGAGGCGGUCGCUGCUGUUCCUUUUCUCCUGAUGGAAAAGCGUUGGCGGUGGGACUGAGUGACGGUGGCGUCCUGGUGGUGAACGCAGACACUCUGGAGGAUCUGCUGAGUUUCCACCAUCGCAGAGACGCCAUUUCAGACAUCCGCUUCAGCCCAGAUCCAGGUAAAUACCUGGCGGUGGCGUCACAUGACAGCUUUGUUGACAUCUACAACGUGAUGAGCUCCAAGAGAGUCGGGAUCUGUAAAGGAGCGACCAGCUACAUCACACACAUCGACUGGGAUGUUCGAGGUAAACUGCUGCAGGUCAACACCGGAGCCAAGGAGCAACUUUUCUUUGAAGCCCCGAGAGGAAGACGACAAACCAUCCAGAACUCUGAGCUGGACCGGAUGGAGUGGUCCAGUUGGACCUGUGUUCUGGGUUCCAGCUGUGAGGGAAUCUGGCCGACUCACAGUGACAUCACCGACGUCAACGCAGCGUCGCUCACCAGAGACCGGGCGCUGCUCGCCACCGGAGACGACUUUGGCUUCCUCAAACUGUUCAGCUACCCUGUCCGAGGUCAGUACGCCCGAUUUAAACGAUAUGUGGGGCACAGCGCUCAGGUGACCAACGUCUGCUGGGCCCAGGAUGACUCCGCCCUGCUGACGGUGGGCGGAGCCGAUACCGCUCUGAUGAUCUGGGCCAGGGAGCGAGGAGGCGGGAUCAACAAGGAGCUGGAUCCACCACCAGCUGUGGACAGCGAGGAGUCAGAGGAUGACAUCGAGGAGGAUGGAGGUUAUGACAGCGAUGUCGCCAGAGAGAAGACAGUGGAUUACGUCACUAAAAUGUACGCUGUCAGCAUCAGGGAGAUGAGAGGAACCAAACCUCACCAGCAGCUGAAGGAGCUGCCUGCUGAGGAGAGGCCUCCGGUGAGUCGAGCAGCACCACAGCCAGAGAAACUACAGAAGAACAACGUGUCCAAGAAAAAGAGACUAGUCGAGGAGCUGGUUUUGGACCAUGUGUUUGGUUUCAGAGGCUACGAUUGUCGGAAUAACCUGCACUACCUCAACGAUGGCUCUGACAUCGUCUAUCACACUGCUGCCACUGCCAUUGUCCAUAGUCUCAGCAACGGAACUCAGAGUUUCUACCUGGAACACACAGACGACAUCCUGUGUCUGACGGUCAACCAGCAUCCGAAAUAUAAAAACAUCAUUGCAACUGGACAGAUCGGAACAAAUCCUUCCAUCCACCUGUGGGACGCCAUGAGCAAACAGACUCUGUCCAUCCUCCGCUCCCCGCACUCCAAGGGCGUCGGCUACGUGAACUUCAGCGCCACGGGGAAGUUGCUUCUGUCUGUCGGAGUCGAACCUGAACACACCAUCACUGUGUGGCGCUGGCAGGAAGGAUCCAGGGUUUGCAGUAAAGCCGGACACCCUGACCGGAUCUUUGUGGUAGAGUUCAGGCCAGACUCGGAUUCCCAGUUUGUUUCUGUGGGAAUCAAACAUGUGAAGUUCUGGACUCUGGCUGGUGGUGCUCUGAUGUACAAGAAAGGGGUGGUGGGGACGGUGGAGGACAGCAGGAUGCAGACCAUGCUCUCUGUGGCCUUUGGUGCAAAUAACUUGACGUUUACUGGCGCCAUCAACGGGGACGUGUACGUGUGGCGAGAUCACUUCCUACUGAGGGUGGUGGCGAAGGCUCACACAGGACCGGUGUUCACCAUGUACACCACGCUGAGAGACGGACUCAUCGUCACCGGCGGGAAGGAACGGCCGACCAAAGAGGGUGGAGCAGUGAAGCUCUGGGAUCAGGAGAUGAAGCGCUGUCGAGCCUUCCAGCUGGAGACGGGUCAGCAGGUGGAGUGUGUCCGAUCCGUCUGCAGAGGAAAGGGAAAGAUCCUGGUGGGCACGAAGGACGGGGAGAUCAUCGAGGUCGGGGAGAAGAACGCAGCGUCCAACCUGCUGCUGGACAGCCACGGUCAGGGAGGGAUCUGGGGUUUGGCGGCUCAUCCAGUCAAAGAGCUCUGCAUCACGGCCAGCGACGACGCCACCAUCAGGCUGUGGGACCUCAGCGACAAGAAACUUCUGAACAAAGUGUCUGUCGGCCACGCCGCUCGCUGCGUGAGCUACAGCUCAGACGGAGAGAUGCUGGGGGUCGGGAUGAAGAACGGAGAGUUUCUCCUCCUCCUCUCCAACUCCCUGAAGAUGUGGACGAAAAAACGAGACCGCAGCGCCAGCCUCCAGGACAUCCGCUUCAGCCCUGACCACCGGUUGCUAGCAGUCGGGUCGGUGGAGAACACGGUGGACGUGUACGAUAUGAGUGGCGGACCGAGUCUGAACCGGCUGGUUUACUGCAGCGAUAUUCCUGCUAUCAUCCUGCAGCUGGACUUCUCUGCAGACAGCGGCUACAUUCAGGUGUCAACAGGAGCCUACAAGCGGCUGGUGUUUGAGGUUCCUUCAGGGAAGCUCCUGAGUGACCAGACCUCCAUCGACAGAAUCACCUGGGCCACGUGGACCAGCAUCCUGGGAGAUGAAGUUCUAGGAAUUUGGCCUCGGAAUGCCGACAAAGCUGACGUGAUCUGUGCGUGUGUGUCUCACGCCGGCCUGAACAUGGUCAGCGGGGACGACUUCGGAUUGGUCAAACUGUUUGACUUCCCCUGCUCGGAGAAGUUUGCCAAACACAAGCGCUACCUCGGCCACUCGCCUCACGUGACCAACAUCCGCUUCUCCCACGACGACAAAUACGUGAUCAGCACCGGAGGAGACGACUGCAGUGUGUUUGUGUGGAAAUGUCUGUAAACAUCAGGAUCCAAAGCGCCUUAACAGAACCACAAGUAGAACCAGAGCCAACGGUUCUCUCUCCACAAACGGCCCGAGAGAUGCUGCUCUGCUGAUGUUUACAGAUGUUCAGUUAUCUUCACCGGUGGUCAGACUGGACACUGCAGCGCCUCCUACAGGUGGAGAAAAAUAUAAACUUGAGGUGAAAUGAUUGGUUCAGAACAUCUGAUAUGAGGUUAAAGCAGCAGGUUCUUUCUAACUGGACUCUGUAGAUCUGUUCCCCCAGUUUAUUCAUCACACACUCACACCUUAAAAUGACCCCUGCAGGCCUCUGUAGAGAACCAGAUUCAUGCUGCGCUCCGUUGAACUCCGAUCUGGGAAUAUUAUCACACCUAACCUAACUGGGAUCCAGUUCCUAAUAAGAAAACCAGUUUGACUUCUGAUCCUUAUGCUGGGUCACCAGGCUAACUACUGUUAGCAAUACAAGCUAAUAAACAAAGUGUUUCCAUGGAAAUGAUGCUUCCAUCCCUGAAGAAACGUGUUCACUAACAUGUUGUGUUUUACAACGUGGCCGACUGAUUUAAUGAGGUAGAAAACAUCCGACGUUUCAAUAAUCAACUUAUUUCUGCUGCUUCCAACAUGUUUAAUGCAGCAGCAGCCAUGUUGGAUUGGAGGUUUGUGUUAGAUCUACUUCUGGUACAAAAGGAACAUCCCAAAACUGUUCAAACAAACCACAAGGAGGCGCAAAGAUUUAAAUUAAACUCACUGAUAUCAUCCAGAGAAGAAGAAGAGAUCCUGAAGUUAAAACUGGUCUUCUGCUUCUAAAGCAUCCAGCUGAUCUCCAGCUGUCAUAUAAAUCAUCUGGAAAGAAUCAUAAUAAAUCAAGAGACUCUGGUGGCCUGUUGCUCCAGUUUCAGACAUUCUGACUAAGAGCUGCUGUUUUCCAUGAAACCACAGAGAAAUUUUCAUUUAAAGAGUCCUGACAUCUUUGCAGGUCAGAUUGAAGCAGAAAACUGUCACAAAAUGUCAAAAACUGUUUACAGAUCGAUUUUAAAAACAUCUGAAGAUGUAAAAUUAUAAAUGGAUUAAAUUCUUCAUGCAGGACUAAACAGGAACGUCCAGAUGUUUUGUUUUAAACCUAAACGACCAAACCACCAAAGGAGGCUUUCACAGAAACUCAGAACCAGUUUUAUUUACCAAAAACCUGCAGAAUCCAAAUCACUAAAUCAACACUAAUCUAUGGACCAACAAUCAACGAAUCCUGGUUCUGAUGAAGCUUCAUGUUCAGAGUUUAUCUUCAGGGUUUGGUCUGGUUUCAGGUCCAUUUUCUGUUGAUUUCGAUGCCAUCAACACCUUUAGGAGGUUCUGAGGUUCCAGUGAAGGUCAGAUUUCAUCCACAAACUUCUAUGUUUUCCUGAGGAACAAAUUGAUCAUCAGUCUUCUAGUUGAGGAGCCUUCGCUGCAUCUGGACAUCAUCUCCCUGAAGUGCCUUUCUGGAUCUUUCUACCUGUGUUGGUCUCAUUUCUUUUGGACCGGGACGGAUUUCAUAUGUUGUCUUUCUUUAUCUUUGAACUCCAUCCUUGGACUUGUGUUUGUGGACUGCCUGGUGCUACUCUCUGAAUGUUCCUCCUGAUUGGACAGAAACAAGCCUUUUACUUUGCUGCAGCUUUUUGUUAGAACCACAUCCAAAGCAUCGUGUUCAGACCCAGAGAGAAGAAUAUGAACUGGAAUAUUUUCAUGUUAUUUCUGCCUGAUGUGAACGUGUGGAUGAGUUCUCUGUGCUGAAUAUUAACUGUUGCUGUGAAACGUGUCAAAGUCUCUGUUUGUGUAGAAAUGAGCAGAAGAAAAAGCUUUUAUUUGUGAAAUGUUCCUUUAUUUUCCUCCAUGCAAACACACUGACACACACGCUGCUGCAGACUGACGCCUGGUGAAGUGAUCCUGAGCUUCAGACAAAACAUGCAUCAAUUUCUUCUGGACCAGAACCACAAAGGAGGGAGGUCCCUGUUAGUGUUGAUCCGUCUAAUAAAUAAGAAUCAAUGUUAGACUCACUGCUGUUGCUGCAGAACUUGAUGGAAACUUUGAAUGAAGUCAAGAUGGAUUUUCUCCUGUAAUCUCUGGCUGAUCAAACACCUGCUGACUCAUUAAUUUUACUGAACAUCAAAACCUUCCUGCAGGAGGUUCUACUGGGUCUGGGUUUUUAUAAAACCUUUGAAACUCAUCAGGAACUCUCAGCAACAGAGUCCGGAGGAACCCACGACCCAUAAGAAGACCGGUUCCUGCAUUUCAGGUUCUUGCAGGUUCUAAAAUAAAGCUGGAACAUAAUUUGUAAUGAAAGAGAGUUUGGAUCUUUGAAUGGUUCUGAUCCUGGUUUGGUCCUCAGGAAGUAUGCAUGAAAGUCUGAAUCUAUGAGGAGCAAAGAUGUUCAGAGGAUCUUCACUUUCAGUCAGAAAAUUAUUGAAGUGAUUAAAAACAAAGUUCCUCCAAGAAAGACUGGAAGGAAUCAUCAGAUUUCAGGGACCAAACUUCACCUGAAGAGCAGUGAUCACUGGUCUGUCAGACAGCGCUGCAUCAAGAACCAUCAGUCACCACUACAGUCAUGGUCAAAAGUAAGUACACCCUCUUUAAUUCAUGCUCUGCUGCUGCUCCUCUGAUGUAACAUGUGAACUGUGUAGCUGUAAUGUUAAGUGCAGAAAUAAACAUUCCAGAGCCGACGUUCAUGAAGCAGAAGCUGCACUGAGAUCAGUUUCAGUAAAAAUGUUUGUUGCACUAAAAUCUGAAAAUAUGAACCGCAUGAGUUUGUUAUAAAAGCCAAACAUUCAUGGUCCUGCUUUGCUGUGUGUGAUGUGUUCCUGACAAUAAAUGAGGUUCAUGGAAGGAAA